AUGAGCACCAUGGCGAUGUCGGCGCUGAACCCGGACGCGCCCAUGUUCAUCCCGGCGGCGUUCAAGAAGGUGGAGGACUACUCGCCCGAGUGGUGGGAGCUGGUCAAAACCACCGCCUGGUUCCGCGACCACUGGUUCCGCCAGCACCAGCUCUACGAGGACCUCGCCGACGACGUCGACGACGUCGCCGCCCUCCUCCCCGACGACUCCGUCGACCUCCUCGACGCCGACGACCUCUUCUACUCCCCGCCGUCGCCCCAGCCCCAGCCCGACUUCUACCACUACAAACCAGCAGGUACGGUUCGGUACACCUCUCACCGUCUCCUCCUCGCCAGAGCAGCAGAGCAGCGGGAAGCUAACCGGGAUCGCUCUGAAUUUGCAGGGUUCGGCGGCGACAUGGACGCGGUGCUGAAGACGCUGAGCCUGAACUCGCCGAGGGGCGGUGGCCCGGCACCAGCCUGGGCGCCGAUGAGGCACGCCGAGAAGCCGGCGCAGCACGUCAGCCCCAGGGCCGGCGGCGGCGCCCGCCGCGCCAUCCACCAGCCUCGCUAG